CACGGGGCGGUGCCGGACUGUGCGCCGCGGGCUCUGGGGACGCCGCGCUCCGCCCCGAGGAGCCACGGCCAGGCACGCGGAGCAAGCCGCCCGGAGCCCCGGCAGGAGGCCCCGUCUCCUGAUCGCGGCCGGCAUAUGGGGCCAUGGCCCGGCUCCCGGGGCACCCGGAGGCCCCCGGCCCGGAACCUGGAAGCGCAGGUCGAGGAGGCCGAGGAGGCCGAGGCGGUCGAGGGGCCCGGGCUCGGCACGUCAUCAUCAACGUCGGGGGCUGCAGGGUGCGGCUGGCCUGGGCCGCGCUGGCCCGCUGUCCCCUGGCGCGCCUCGAGCGCCUGCGAGCCUGCCGCGGCCACGACGAGCUGCUGCGCGUGUGCGACGACUACGACGUGAGCCGUGACGAGUUCUUCUUCGACCGCAGCCCGUGCGCUUUCCGCGCCAUCGUGGCGCUGCUGCGCGCCGGCAAGCUGAGGCUGCUGCGCGGCCCGUGCGCCCUGGCCUUCCGCGACGAGCUGGCCUACUGGGGCAUCGACGAGGCGCGGCUGGAGCGCUGCUGCCUGCGCCGCCUGCGCCGCCGCGAGGAGGAGGCCGCCGAGGCGUGCGCGGGGCCGCCGGGCCGCGGGCCGCAGGGGAGCCCGGCGCGAGCCCGAGGCACCGGGCGGCUGGAGCGAGGCCGACGGCGCCUGCGCGAUGUGGUGGAGAACCCGCACUCCGGCCUGGCGGGCAAGCUCUUCGCCUACGUCUCCGUGGCCUUCGUGGCCGUCACGGCCGUCGGUCUGUGCCUGAGCACAAUGCCUGACAUACGCGCAGAGGAGGAACGGGGCGAGUGCUCCACAAAGUGCCGCAACCUGUUCGUGCUGGAGACGGUGUGCGUGGCCUGGUUCUCCUUCGAGUUCCUGCUGCGCUCCCUGCAAGCCGAAAGCAAGUGCGCCUUCCUGCGGACGCCGCUUGCCAUCAUCGACAUCCUGGCCAUCCUGCCCUUCUACGUGUCGCUGCUCGCGGGCCUGGCGGCAGGGCCCAUGGGCAGCAAGAUGCUGGAGCGCGCCGGGCUGGUGCUGCGGCUGCUGAGGGCGCUGCGCGUGCUCUACGUGAUGCGUCUGGCGCGCCACUCGCUGGGGCUGCGCUCGCUGGGCCUCACCGUGCGCCGCUGCGCGCGCGAGUUCGGACUGCUGCUGCUCUUCCUCUGCGUGGCCAUGGCGCUCUUCGCGCCGCUCGUGCACCUGGCUGAGCGCGAGCUGGGCGCUCGCCGCGACUUCUCCAGCGUCCCCGCCAGCUACUGGUGGGCGGUCAUCUCCAUGACCACCGUGGGCUACGGAGACAUGGUGCCGCGCAGCCUUCCGGGCCAGGUGGUGGCGCUGAGCAGCAUCCUCAGCGGCAUCCUGCUCAUGGCCUUCCCUGUCACUUCCAUCUUCCACACCUUCUCGCGCUCCUACUCGGAGCUCAAGGAGCAGCAACAGCGCUCGGCCAGCCCUGAGCCGGCCCUACCCGAGGACAGCACUCGCGACGACAGCACGCGUUCAGCCAGCGCCACCGAAGACAGCUCGCAGGACCCCGAGAGCAAAGGCGCGGCAGGGAGCUCGCCAGGCCGGCAAACCCACGGUUGCUAGCACAUGCCUGUAACUGCAGCACUUGGGAAGUGGAGAGAGGAAGAUCAGAAGUUCGGUGAGCUCCACAGUACACCUGAAAUAGUCCUCGUCCUCCUCAUCAGAAGGGAAGGUCCUCUAUCUUCAGGCCACCAUCUUGCCUACUACUUAGAGGCUCUCAGCAAGGCCCCUCUGUGAGCUACCCUGGGGCCCUUGUGCCACAGGCUUUGCAAGAAUCCACUGCAACCAAAUAAACCUCCCAGGCCCUCCUCACGGCAGCAGGCUGAGUUCCUCUCACUUGGCUAUCAAUUAUGUGUCCUGGGGUCAGUGCUGAGCCUAGGGCUAGAAAGAGGGUUUCCUGUGAUUUGGCUGGGGUUGGGGGUAGGGGGGAAUGGCAAACGCACAGGACAGAGCACCUCAACCUCUGGCUUUGUGAGAAUCCUUGCUGCUUCUACAAAUUGCCCUUACAGUGCAGUAAGCCCAGCCUCACAUGGUCCUCAUUCCCAGGGCAGAUGGAUGAUUUCAGGGUGUCAGGUGGAAAACUGAAUCCAGGACUUGGAGCUUGGAUAUCCAUGGCAUGUCCCUGGGGUUAGGGGUGGCAUGGAGUAGCUAAGAUGCAUGCAGACAGCUUCAUCUGUCAAGACACAGGGUAUGAGAGUUAAGGGUCCUGGGAAGAAAAACAGGUAACCUGAUCUUGCCAGCAGCAAGACCAAGCAAGGGACGGAGGCCAGUGAACUACACAAGAGAAUCUUGUCCCACUUCUCUUCAGAACAUCCCCUUCUCUGGGAUCUUUGCACAUGCUCUUUGAGAGAAAAAGGAUGCUCAGCUUUCAGGCCUGGAAACAGCUGCUCAGGACGGCCUUGGCCAAGCCUGGCUGAAACGUGGACCACGGCUUGCAGUUUGUUUAGCCCCUGGUAGCAGCUCUUUGAGGAGCAGAGCCCCCUUCUUCCUACUGGGCCCACAUCCACCAAGGCCAAGGCCAGCAGGGUCUUUUAAGGCACUUGUAGUGAAGGAAUGCAGAAAGUGCAGGGACCAGGAGAGCCAGAGCUUCCUCCAAGAGGGGCAGAGCUAGGAGUUACCCAAGUGUACCUUGGGCUCAGGCCUGCCUCCCCAGCAUGCAAAAGAACAUGGGUAGACCCUGACCACACAGUGAAGACGGGCCUGGGACUUUCAAGGUGAACUGCCCUUUAUGUAGCAAUGGCCUUGGGCUUGCUUAGGUCCCAACAGAUAUUUUGGUACCAGUAGACCGAGAUCCAGCCAGAGGCAGCCUCCUGUACCAGACUGGCAUUCAAGUGGACUCCUGCUUGGCAGGGCACUGAUUUCCUCCAUGAAGAUUUCAGAAGUAAAUUCCAGGUUGCUGUCUCUUGGAAGCCAGGUAAGCCACGUGGAAUGAGCAAGCGAUCCAUAGUCAUUCCAUCCGGAGCCUGAAAACACCCUCAGCCAAGGCAUCAGAAGCCACCCUGGGUUACCAUAUGGCAGGGGCUGACAGCCAGCUCUGUUGAGAAUGGGAGCAGGGAAUGCCCUCUUGGCUAGACCACCAGCUCUGGGCUUCCUCUGCCUAUACAGACCAUGAGGACUCCCCUCCUAAAACCUUCUGGGAAGGGUACAGGGCUGGUCAAGCUGUGGCCACAGCUCCCUGUUUGGCUUCGGGGAACAUGGAUUCCCCAGAUUCCAGUCAGCCAUCUUGGGGCAUAGAUGAAGUCCAUGUGGGAACAGAUGACAAGACACCACAGAGCAUCCUUGAUGCCUGUGAUGCUGACAGUAGCCACAACCACAGCAACGACUGGGCUGGGUAAAGUGGCUCCUUUUCACACCCCAAGAGCUGGGCUGAGCUUGUAUGCUAAGAACUGAAGUGAGAUGCAGCCUCAGCGGUGCAGGCAGUGAUGCCACAGCCUGCCAACACCCUGCCAGGCUAGAGAACAGAAGUCAAUACAUCAUUGAGGCCAGGCACUGCCUCACUCCUGGGCUUCUGUUUCCUCACUGCUAAACAGAUGGUCCGGAGUGAUCCCCAAACCUCCUACUUCAACAGCUGAGGAACAAUCCCACUCAUGUCUGUAUAGCUCUGGCUUACCUGGAACCCUCUGUUGCCCUCAUGGAGGACAAUUUGAGCCCAUCCAUCCCAGAAGUCCACAUUGUCAAGUGCCAAACGGAGGACCUCACCCACCCUAGACCUGGACCAGGUCCCUGAAAGCCACACGAGCCCUUCAGCCCAAAGCAACCCUGAAUCUCCUACCUGAACCUAUGCCAGCAUCCACCUCUCAAACUAGUUCCAGUCACUCUUCUCCCCAAC